CGUGUGUGAGAGUGUGUUUUGUCAUGUGUGUGCUUGUCAACCCUGACCAGUACUUCUUCUCUACUUCUACUCUACUUCUUUUGGGCACCACCCCCCUCUGUGGGAGAAUGCAGGGCCAGUUGGUAUGAUCUGCGAAGAGGAGAGGAGAGGAGAGGAGGGUUCUCUCUAAACUCAUGUCAGUGUGAUGCUUUGAACUCUGUCCCAUUCACACGGGGAGUCUGACAUGCCUCCAUCUCAGUGCUCGUGACAGGUUGACCUACCUGCCUCCAUGUGAUUACUUACUAUUUAUUUAUUUAUUUGUUUCUUUAUUUUUGUCUUCAAAGUUAGUUUUUUUCAACUUCUCUACUCUACUCUUCCUAAAGUGGCCACAGAAUGUUAAUAACAAAGAUCGAAGCCAAGCAGGCCUGCGAUUGGCUGAAGGCUGCCGGGUUUCCACAGUAUGCGCAGCUCUUCAAAGAUUGCCGUUUCCCCAUCGACUUAGACUGGGCAAAGAAUGAUCACGCGUUCCUGGAUAAGGACGCAAUUGAUUCCCUCUGCAGGAGGCUGAUCACCUUAAACAAAUGCGUUGAGAUGAAUCAGGAGAUGGGCCGAUUGAAGAGACGGAGCGAAGACUCCGAGGAUGAGGAGCCGUGUGCCAUCAGCGCCAAAUGGACCUUCAACCACAAAAACGGCUCGUGGAUCCGUCAGGAUGACAUGAAAUUCCUGGCCCUCCCAGACAGCCCCUGCUUGGGAACGCUGCGGGGCCGGGAGACGUCUCUGUGUGACGACAGCGGUGACAGACAGGAGACGUGCUCCACCCGCAGCUCCAGCAGCCUCGACAGCGACUGCGCUGACGGCUGCGGACCCGGCGGAUUCAAGAUGGCGGAGGAGGCGGAACCCAGCCGGAGCUCCUCCUCUCACUGUUCCUCCUCCUGCACCAAGCCGACCUCCCUGGACACCUCCUUCAGCGCCCCCCCCUCGCCGUCCCCCUCCCCCGCCGACGACCCUCCGAGCUGCAGCAGUGAGGACCCCCCCAGCGUCUCCCAGAAGCCCCCUCGCAAGAAGGGCCCCAGUCUGCUGAGGAGGAUGGAGCGGCUGCGUGUCCGAGGCCCGGCCAGGUCGACCCGAGUACGGAGCCGCAGUCUGGGCCAGACUAAGCUGUUGAUCAGCGGCCCGGUUCUGCAGGAGGGUGCGGCCCAGGAGCGACUGAAGCAGCUGAACUGUUUGGACAUCGCAGAGCUCCAGGGUAAAGUGCCGAGCCCCGGGGCUUCCUGCUCCUCGGCUUCCUCCUCCUCUUCCUCCUCCUCCUCCUCCUCUUUCUCCUCCAGCAGCAGUGCCUCAGAGAGUGGGAGCACGGUCAGCACCCCCAGCCCGGUGGCCCGUGUGCGGGGGAACAAGCGGGCGCAGCCCUGGACUCAAAGCCAAGAUCAGAGCCAAAACCGGAACCAGAGCCAGAGCCAGAGCGAGACCACAAGCAAGAGUGAACUGGACCUGAACAACCAGCGCAAUCAGCAGGACCAGCUCCGCCUCCAUGAGGAGACGCUGUUCCGGAUCCCGGAGGGGUACAAACCGGGUACCUUCCCCACCGCCCUCUCCCACGGCCUCGCUCCACUCCUGCCCAUCGACAACACCUCCGUCAACUGGAGGACGGGCAGUUUCCACGGUUACCACGGCCGCCGUUGCCGUGGUGGUGAGAGCUCCCCCUGCAGCCCCCUGGCGGCCAUCGACCACCGCGCCAGCAUCUAUGACAACGUGCCGGACGCCCCACCUUGCGCCACCGCCGGUGUGGGUGGGGGGGCCCUAGAGGUCCGGGGGUCGAGCAUAGAGGACGACGUGUUUCAGGCACUGGACUGCGUGAUGGAGCGCAUCAACAGCCUGCAGCAGCUGGUGUCCAGCUGGGCGGAGAAGCUGUCCGAGGACGGAGACUCGGACUUCAGCAACCGCUCCAGCUCGCCCUCGCUCAGCGACAUCCUUCUGGAGGUGAAGGAGCCGGAGGAGGACACGGAGAGGAACGGAGGGGACACAGAGGAGUCCAGGACAAUUCCUGUGCAUCAGCAGCAGCUACACUGGUGGAGCGAGGAGCAGGCCCUGGUGUCGUUAGGUCCUGGCUCGGGGGUGGAGAGUCAGUUGGCGGCCCAGAUGAACCGGCUGCAGCGCCUCUCCCUGCUCAGGCUCACGGCCCUCAUGGACAGGUUCUCCCCCUCCUGCAAGCAGGGCUGGAUCUGGACCGGCCCAAACGUGCCCAGGACCCAGAAGAAGCCCCAGCAUAAGAACCGUAAGGUGUUCGGGGUUCCCCUGCGGCAGAGCGCUCAGACAUUCAACACCCCACUCCCCCCCUGCAUUCUCCGAGCCAUGCAGUACCUGAAGACCCAGUGCUUCAACCAGGUUGGACUUUUCCGGAAGCCUGGCGUUAAAUCCCGAAUCCAAAGCCUCCGGGAUAUGGUAGAGGCUGAUCCGGAAGGAGUCUCCUUCGAAGACCAAUCAGCCUUCGACGUGGCAGACAUGGUGAAGCACUACUUCCGGGACCUUCCGGAACCGGUGUUCUCUGAGAAACUCAACGAGUCGUUUCUACACAUCUACCAGUAUUUCCCCAAGGACCAGCAGUUUGCAGCGGUCAGGGCGGCCAUCUUCCUCCUGCCGGACGAGAACAGGGAGGCGCUGCAGUCUCUGCUCCUCUUCCUCAGGGAGGUGGCCGCCUGCGUGGAGGAGAACCAGAUGACCCCCACCAACAUCGCCGUGUGCCUGGCACCCACCCUCUUCCACCUCAGCACACCUAGGGGAGAGAGCAGGGCAACCAGACAUGGAGGCACACGGAAGCACAGCCUGGUGAAGCCCGAUCAGAGAGACUUGAGUGAAAGCCUGGCGGCCACACAGGGUCUAGCACAUAUGCUGGCGGAGGUCACACACCUGUUCCAGCUGCCUGGGUACUGCCUGCCAGAGGAGCCCCUGCAGGUGGAGGCCAGUCUUGGUACGGGGCGUGAGGAGCAGGAGCUGUGCACCGGUCUGCAGCAGUCCGCCCAGCAGCUCCUCAGGGAGGCCAAGGAGAAGGCCAGGGGCUGGGUCAGCUGCCCCAGCCCCCACCAGCACGUGGACCUGGCCUACAAGAAGGUGGAGGAUGGCCAGGCGCUGCGUCUGUGGCGGGGGAGCGUGGAGGUGGAGGCCCCCCAGCAGGAGGCACUGCAGUGGGUGCUGAGGAGGCGCGAGGCCUGGGCAGGGGAGGCGCUCCUGGAGGCCGGGGUGCUGGAGACCCUGGGCGAGGAUGCGGAGGUGUAUAGCUACACGCUACAGGGAGCCGGGAGCAGACCUCCCCUCCAGCAUGUGUUACUGAGGACCUGGCAGUCGGACCCCUCGGCCGGCCCUCUGUACGUGGCGGCGGCGUCCCUGGAUCAUCACGGCGCUCCGCAGAAGGGCCUCAGGGCUCAGGUGUACACUUGCCUCUUCCUGGUGGAACCACUGGGGAUGAAGAGGUCAAGACUGACACACUUCUGCAGAACAGAUACCAGGGGCAGAUCAUCGGAGUGGCACAGUAAGGUGUGUGGGCACCAGCUGGCGUCCGGCCUGCAGCGGCUGAGGGAGUCCUUCAAGGCCAAGGCCAGAGACGGACGUCUAUGACCACGACCCACGUCCUCCCCACACACACACACACACACACACAGAAGAAACAACAGUCCUCGAGAGACAGUCUAACACUCUCCAUCCUCACAAGGAAUACAUCACACAUACACACAAGAGUGGAACAUCUGCCCCCUAGAGACAGUCUAACACCCUCUAGCCUCUCAAGGAAAACACUACCUACACACACACACACACACACACAUUAGUACAACCGUUCCCAAGAGGCAUUGUAUCUUUGUCCAGCCUCACAAGGAACACAAAACAAAUGUGACCUGUGACACAUACACACCUACAAGACAAACAUCACCUGUGACCCAUACACACCUACAAGACAAACAAACAUCACCUGUGACUCAUUCACACUUACAAGACAAACAUCACCUGUGACCCAUACACACCUACACGGCAGCAGACGGUUUAACCCCAGAGAGGAGUUGGGCCAGACACAUGCCAGAUUAGAGUCAGAUACGGACCACAGUCAGAGGCUAUCAAAGAGGACAUCUUACCACCCCCCCCCCUCUCCCCCUUCAAACCAUCAGGACAAGAGACACUGCAAAAGCUGAAGGAGCUACCAGCACCUGUUUGGAGUUUAGAUUGAUCUGCUUCAAGAGAACCCUGCCACACAACAUACAUGGGAACCGACAUGGGGAACCGACAGGGAGAACCAUCAGGGGGAACUGUCCGGAAACGUCCUCUCCCAUUUUAAAGAGGAACAUGAGGAAUAUUUUUAAUUAAUUUUUAAAAGGAUCUAUGAGGAACCCUAUAUCUAUGUCCAUACGUUUCCUUUAUAUGAAAUUGUAUGUGUUGCAACACCUCUCUGUCUAUAGUAAUAUAUCUCAAUUAAGAUCUCUAAGUAUUCAUUUGAAGUCAUAACAGCCUGAAUGACAGAAUGCUUUAAAAAUGUUUAUAUUCAUGUGACAAGUAACAGAGUAAAAUUAUUUUAUGACUGCAUGAGUAAAAUUUUGGAAAUGAAAUCACUGCAAUAAAUUAUAAUAUACAUUUUA